AAUAGAAUAGGAAUACCACGGGGUACCCCAAGAGCUACGCCGGAGGCCCCUAAACUGGGGAAACUUGACGUAUUUGGCCAACUUAGUGGCAUGGAGAGGCUCAAGGGACUUAAAAAGAGGCUCCAUCGCUCCCUUUCACCUCAUUCGGCCACAGCCAGUGGAGGUACAGGCCUUGUAGUGGCCAGAUGUCCAGACGACUCCUCCGCGCCUAGAGCGGUCCUAUCUGGCACUCUGGACGUCUCUUUAGAUACAUCUAUAACCACAUUCAAGGGUAUAAAGGAGAUAUCAGAGACGAUACCAACUAUCGGGGGUCCCCUCAAGGCUACAUGUGGCGUAAUGAGAUGCAAAGAUAAUCGGGAGAGGUGGAGAGAUCUAGCAGAAAUUAUGGAGGAAAAGAAUCAGCGCGUCGUUUCUCUAUUAGGUUUGUAUGCGCAGGCACCUGGAAGAUACGUUGGUGCAUUAGAUCAAGCGAAUAGAUAUCAAAGAUACAGAAUAUUAAAUAAAAUCGCAACCGAUAUGAAAGAGGAAUCUCAAGAAAACUUUGAGGAGAAUGAUGGACUGGAGCGAUACUGGCAAAGAAUGAAGCAGCUGGGAAAGGAAGCGUCUUUGUCGAGAAUCAAAGCCGAGAAGAUCGCUAGUUACAAGAAGCAGCUAAGCGAUCAAGCUCUCAAUGCCGCAGUAGGUGACCGCACGCUUCAGACUUCAUUGACGAAUGUAUGGGUGCAGGAAGCCGUAGGGAUCCGGAAUGCCAUGACCUUGGAAGAAAUUCGCUUGCUGUUAACAGAGAAAUCUCCCAUUGAGAAUAUGCAGUCCCCUAAGGCCGUUCUCAAACCGCGUCCUCCACUCGUCGAAGGAUUUGUAGGAAGAGAUGAUAUCCUUGAUGCAAUGCGCCGUACUCACUUCGAUAGCACCUCGUCUCAUCGCCAAAUACCUAUUCUUACAGUUUUGACGGGACUCGGUGGCUCAGGGAAGACACAGAUAUCACUCAAAUUUGCCGCAGAUUUCGAGAGGCAGUGGGUUCCUUUCACUUCGUUCGACUCGCAGUUUACUAAACCAUCUCAGGUAUCCAGGAUCUCCUAUCUAUAUACGGACGUCUUGCUCUGGCUUGCCAUGGAGAAGAAGAACUGGCUAAUUAUUAUGGACAAUGUGGAUGAUCCAUCGGUCGAACUACCUCGGUUCCUUCCGAGAUGUAGCCAUGGUCAUGUGAUCAUUACCACUCGAAAUCAUCUCCGCAAGACUCUAGCUCCAAAAUCUACGCACAUAAUCGACUCCCUGCCUUUAGACGAAUCUAUUAACCUAUUAUUGACUGCAGCUGGAUAUGAAGAUAAUAAUGUAAAUCGAAAACUGGCUGGGUAUAUUGUGCGGGAGCUAGGGUGUUUACCACUUGCAAUAUCCCAUGCGGCUGCAUAUAUCCUGAUGAGACAAUGUCUAGACACGUACCUAGACACAUAUAUCAACAGUAGAAAGCACCUACUCGAGCGCAGAUUCGAGUUAUCUCAUGACUAUCCCUACUCCGUAGCCACGACAAUUGAGAUGUCUUUGGAGAAGCUUUCAACAGGAGCGAGGGACUUGAUAAAGCUAUUAUCACAUCUUGGGUCUGGGUCUGUUCCCCGCAGUAUCAUCGAAAAUGGGGCAAACAAUCGAUUUCAGCAUGUACCAAUCACCGCAGGUCUACCUCCACAUGACGAGACUCUGGAAUGCGCAAAUGUUCUGAUGAGCAUCGUGUGUCCCAGUGGAUCCUGGAGCUCAUUCGACUUCGACAAUAUGAUUGAAGAGUGUGAAAGAUAUUCAUUAAUCCGAUUGUCAACUCUGGACGCGAAAAAGUUCUACACCAUCCACGUACUUGUUCAAGGUUUCGUGCAAUCAGCUUACGGGAUCAUCCGUUGUCACCUUGUUACUAGACUAGUUGUUCGGCUGCUCGGCUCUACGAUCACUCAAGAAGAAGACAAGUACCUCCUAUUUAAUCAGCUAGCACCUUGUCUGCGUCGCAUUGAUCUGGAGGCUAUAACAGAGAUCGGAGAUCAUUAUGGAUUCGGCUACAUAUUGCUGAAAAUAGGAGAGGGACGUCUUGCGUCGAGCCACAUGAGGCGAUGUUUCGAUGCAUGGACGGAGCUAUUUGGAGACGAGUCAGACUUCGUGAUGUUGGCUACAGAGGGUUUGGCUCGGUCAUAUAACAUGACGGGAAACCAGAAGGAAGGCCUCAGACUCAGAGAGGAGGCGACGGAAAAAUUGAGGAGGAUCCGUGGAGAAGACCAUCACAUGACUCUGCUGGCGAAGAAGUCUUUGGCCAGGUCCUAUUCGAGCCUCGGGAGAUAUGAGGAGGCAUUAGCAUUGGACCAGGAAGUCGUAGACAAGAUCAGGAAGGUCCUCGGGGUAGACCACCCUGAUACUCUGAAUGCGAUGAAGAGCCUGGCCAUAUCCUAUUCACAUCUUGGUAGACACGAAGAGUCUUUGUCACUGGACGAGAUAGUUGUCAAGAUGCGAAGGAAUACCCUAGGAGAAGCAAACAUUGGUACUCUGAGUGCGAUGGGAAACCUUGCCUACUCCUAUUUGCAAUUAGGAAGAUACGAGGAGGCUCUACGGUUGAACCAGGAAGUAUUAGAGAAGUCAAGGAUGGUACUUGGGGAAGAGCACCCCGAUACGCUCAAGAAGAUAGAGAACCUGGCAAGAUGCUAUUCACAUCUGGAUAGACAUAGGGAAGCUGUAGGUUUAUACGAAACUAUAGUAGAGGCGCGAAAGAAGUCUCUUGGUGAAGAACAUCCUCGUACUAUAAGGACAAUGGCAAACUUGGCCCGGUCCUAUUCGAAACUAGGCAGAAACAAGGAGGCUUUAAUGUUGAACCAGGAGGUCCUGGAGAAGUCAAGGAAGGUUCUUGGAGAAGAGCAUCUCAGUACGUUGGAUGCGAUGAAGAAUCUGGCUGGGACCUAUUCAUGUCUUGGUAGAUACCAGGAAGCUCUGACGUUGGACGAGAAAGUAGUAGAGAAACGAAGGAAGGCUCUUGGAGACGAAAACCCCAAGACUCUGAGGGCGAUGAUAUACCUGUCCCACUCGAAUUUACUACUAGGAAGACACCAAGAGGCUUUACAGAUGAGUGAGGAGAUAUUAGAAAAACGGAGAAAAAUCCUUGGCGAUGACCACCCCGAUACUCUGAAGUCGAUGAAGCGCGCUGGAAGGACAGAAAAAGCUCUUCGGCGAAGCCGAUCCCAGAACAUUGCGCACAAAGCAAUAUCUCUCCAAAAUCCAAAGAAAUGCAGCAGUCAACCGAAAGAGAAAAGUUCCAAGAUUGAAAUUGCAUUUUAG